UAAUACAAGAAGAAGAAGAAGAAACUUGCAUAUUUAUCUUCCGGUGUCAGAAUGAACGUUGUUUCAAGUGCCAUACAACAGAGCUAGCGUUUCGCAUUAUUUUUUCAAGUUUUCUCAAAAAAGAUAGUUGUAAUCAAGUCAGGACUGCUUUUAAGUGCGGGUGUCAUGGAAGGUUCGACCUCUCGGUUAACUGCCGCGCCAGAAGGAGAACCCCGGCCGUCGGGCAGCCGACAGUCCGGCCGGGACGCCGGGUCGGAGCCCACGCGGGACAUGAGGACUCACUUUCGCGUGUGUCGCUUCAUAAUGGAGUCAGGAGUGAAGCUCGGUAUGCGCUCGGUGCCUGUGGCCACGGCCUGUGUGUUGUACCACCGUUUCUUUCAACGGUUCACGCCCGGUGUUUAUGAGCCCUACCUGGUGGCUAUGAGUUGUUUGUACCUGGCUGGCAAAGUGGAGGAGCAGCACAUCCGGACUCGGGACAUCAUCAAUGUGAGCCACAGGUACUUUAACAAAGGCAGUGCUCCUCUUGAAUGUGACAAAGUGUUCUGGGACCUCAGGGACAGCGUGGUGCAGUGUGAGCUCCUCAUCCUCCGACAGCUUAACUUCCACGUCUCCUUUGAACACCCUCACAGGUAUUUACUCCACUACCUGCUGUCUGUAAAAUCACUGGUGAACCGACAUGCUUGGUCUCGAACCCCUGUGGCCGAGACUUCCUGGGCAUUGCUGAGAGACUGUUACCAUGGAGACAUGUGCAUUCUCCACACACCACAACACAUCGCAGUAGCUGCAUUGUACCUGGCACUGAACAGCUAUGGAGUGGAGCUAUCCGUUGGCGAGAAGGAGUGGUGGCAGGUGCUGUGUGAGGACGUGACCAAAGCAGACAUCAAUGCUGUGAUCUCUGACCUUCUCCGGUUGUAUGACAUGGAGGCCAAGUGUAUCUGAAGGACAGAACGACAGACAAGAGCUCCACAUGAAAGUUCGGUUGAUGUCUGUGUGGCAAAAACGUGAACAUGCCCUGCUCUGCACAAUAGAGGGUGGGGGUUCAGGUGCGUUUGUACAUAUGUGCAUCUGAGGCAGAAAGGACUUUGAUUUUGCCCCAGUUAUUCCAUGGAGCUGAGAAAAUCAUACCUGCAGUACCAUUAUCUGCCACAGAGGUGAGACAUUUCUCAUUUGUAGGUGUCAGACAUCAUGGAUCUGAUUUGUUCCAGAUCUUCUCUUAACACCACACAUGUGACAGGUUUCUACUUCAGAUACUACUCCGGGAAUUUGAGAAGAUCUUGACCUCUGUAUUGAUUUGUAAUAACAAAGAAUAAAUAAAAUGGAAUUGGAAUUGUGA